CCUCCGAGGCGCCGAAGCUUCCCCCCUCCGCCACCCGCAGUCUCCGCCCGUGAAGGGGCUUCCUAGUGUGUGGAAAGCUUUCCUCCUUCACAGCUCCCUGCCACUGGUGCAGGUCCCGCCCCUAUCCUUUUGUCUCUGUUUAUUCUUUUUUCUUUUGCCCUACCCAGGUACGUGGGGGAUUUCUUGCCUUUUGGGAGGUCUGAGGUCUUCUGCCAGCAUUCAGUAGGUGUUCUGUAGGAGUUGUUCCACGUGUAGCUGUAUUUCUGGUGUGUCUGUGGGGAGGAAGAUGAUCUCCGCGUCUCGCUCUUCCGCCAUCUUGAAGCUCCUCCCCUCCCCGACAUGACUCAUUUUAAAAUCCAGUAUUCGUUAAUGAAUGCUAUCUAUGAAAAAUAUUUCUUCAUUGUCAUGAAUUUCUGUAAUUGUUUGAGGGUCAUAGUGGCCAAGGUGGAAAAACAUUCACCAGAAAAACGUUAAUUAUUAAUAGCAAUUACUUGGAAAGAAUAUAAAAGGAUUCUUCAAUUCAAAUGAUAGAAUGUACUCUAUAAAGAUUCAUCUGAAAUAAUGAAGACUGUUAGAACCAUAUCUUUGCUUGUUUUCUUCAGCUCCAUUAAAUGUCAGACUCUUCAGAGAAGUUUACUAGAUGCAGCCAUGCAGCACUCUAAUAGCCAGAAUUAUCUAGAGGAGAACUUAAGAGCUGUCACUAGUAUUAUGGUUGCACAGUUUCUUCAGAAAUUGACUUAUGAAAAAGUACAAACCAUAGUUAAAGAAUUGCUAGAUCUUGCAGAGAAGUGCAAGAGCCUCAAGCCACAUGAAUCACCUUCAGAAUGUUGUCACCAAUUGAUGACUACCUUCCUAGAGCAUAUUUGCAAUAACCAAGGGUUGGCUGACAGACAUGUGUUUUCUGACUGUUGCAAUACAAAUAACUCAGCAAGACACAAGUGCUUCCUGUCAUACAAAAAGGAUGUUGCAGGUUACAGUGAUACAUUCCAAAUUUCAAAUCCUGAGCAGAUCUGUGAGAUGGACAAAGAGAAUCAUGUGCCAGUGAAAGAGAAGUACAUUUAUGAAACUUCUAGGGAGCAUCCAUUCUUGUAUGGACCCACUAUUCUGACCAUGUCUGCUUGCUAUGAAACAGCUGUUCGGUCUUGUUGCCAAGAAGAUAAUAAGACUGAAUGCUUCCAGAUAAAGCUAGAACCCAUCAGAAAAUACGUUAGAGAAAUAUCUUCGAGGCAUCACCACUUAUGUGAGAUUGGGAUUAAAUUCAACCACAAAGUAGCAAAAGCAGUGGAGUUGGUUCUGUUGACUAAAAAACAACCUAAAGCUAACUUUUCUGAAAUUGCCAAACUGGCCAUGGAUAUUAAAAAUCUGCAUCAGAUCUGUUGUGAAGGAAAUACAGUAGGGUGUCUGCUUGGCAGAAGCCUGCUUAUGGACUAUACCUGCUCUAAACAGGCUACACUAUCCAGCAAGAUCACUCCAUGCUGUGAACUGCCAGAACCAUUCCGAGGGGAAUGCAUUAUCAACUCAGAAAAUGACAAACCUGAUCUCUCAUCCCUGCCACUUAGCAGGUUUACAGAAGACCAGUUUGUAUGCAAACAAUUCACUGACAAACAAGAUGACUUCCUACAAGAGUUUCUUUAUGAAUAUUCAAGAAGACAUCCAGAGUUGGCAGUUCCAGUGAUUUUAAGAGUGGAUACAGUAUAUCAAAACUUACUGGGAAAAUGCUGUAAAUUAGAAAAUCCUCUGGAAUGCUAUAGUCAUGGGGAAGAGAUGUUUCAAAGAGUGGUUCAUGAAAGCCACGAGCAUGUGAAAAAUCAGUGUGAUUUACAUGAGAAAUUAGGAGAUAGUAACUUCCAUGACAGGCUCAUAGUCCUUUAUACUAAGAAAGCCCCACAACUAUCUGCUCAGGAGUUGGUUAUAUUCACGAAGAACAUGACGGCUGCUGCCACCACAUGUUGCCCACUGAAUGAUGAGCAACAGUUUGUUUGCAUGGAGAACUCGGCAAAGCUAAUUCUUGGAGCUUUAUGCAGAAGACACGAGGCAGAGCCUAUCAAUGCUGGUGUGGGUCACUGCUGUGAUGACUCGUAUGCCUUCAGGAAGCCUUGCUUUGAUGAUCUGCAAGUAGAUGGAACUUACAUUUCUCCACAUUUAUCCUGUGACCAAGUCAUCAACCUUAAUGAGGACUUGUGCAGAGGUCAGGAGGAGGAAUUACAAACCGAAAAGCAAAAACUUCUCAGCAACCUUGUGAAGCAGGAACCAUAUGCAGCAGAGAUGCAGUUCCAAUCAGUUAUUGUGGAUUUUGCUCACCUGGUGGAGAUGUGCUGUCAAGCAGAGAAAAGUGAAAUGUGUCUCCAAGAAGAGGGGUCCAAACUGAUCAAAAAGUGCCAGUCUCUUUUGGGAGGCUAAAUGAUUCCAGCAUAUGUCAAUGUACAAUCUUUGCUGAGAACUGCUUUUUGUUUUUCAUGAAUAAUGAAAUGCAUGUCUAAUAUUCAAAAGAAGAAUCAACAUCAUUUUUCAGCUACUAGCAAUGUUACUCAGGAACAUUAACUAGUCUACACUACAUCUCUCCUUUCCUACUCAGCAGAGAAAUCUACUUAUUGUAACUCUCCUACAACCCACUUCCAUCCCUUUUCUCUCCCCAUAAGCUUUCUAUUUCUCAGAAAUAGCAACAGAAAUAUGAAACCAAGGGGCCUUUCAAAACCUCAGGCUGCCACAUUGAACUGGGACCUGGCUGCUGGGUUUCUGGAGUGAAAAAGACCCCAAGUGCCAUUUGUGGUUUCUAUCUGUACCACUACUGAAAAUGAUUAUUGAUGAACUGAAUGAAAUGUGUUUUACAAUAAAGGUACUUACAUGACUGUAUUCCCUUUCAUCUUUACCCGAGAUAUGUGAUGUUGACAUUGUCACCAAGGGGUCCUAACAUAUUUAUAUUCACUUGAGCUUUCAGUGAUGAUUUGUAAUAGUAGUCUUUUCUCUGGAAAUCCCGGCAUAAAAGACAUAAAGAACUUAUCAUUUCGACUUAGUUUUGCGUGUGUAAUGAAGUAAAAAUAAGCAGUGAUAUUUUAGUGCUUACUAAAUAAAUGAUUUUGGUUAGAGAAAAUGUUUAAUUCUCAUUAUAGUGCUCUUGAUUUCAGUUUUUCCUUAUUCCAGUAAUUUCAGCAUGUUCAUAUAUACUAGCAAAUUAAAUCCAAUAAACAUUUAAGUAUCUAUUGUAUGCAAUACACUGUGCUAGGUGUUGCAGGGAAUAAUAUGAAUAUGAUAUGGCCAGAUCACUAAUGAAUUUAAACAAGAUAUAAACACAUAAGGAAUUAUAAUAAUGGGCAGAUUUCAUGUUUCCAGUGUCACAAGAGCAGAGCUAACUAAUGUGGAACCCAGGAGUUUGAGAUCACACAGAGCCACAGAGACCAGGAAAGUUCAUGGAAGGAGUGACCCUGGCCAACGACUAGAAAACAGGCAUGUUUUAACAGAUAGAUGUGGAGAGUGUGAGCGCGAAUGGUGAGUGAUUCAGAUGGGUGGGUUUUGAGACAAGAAUAAAGUAGUUGUGGGCAGUAAGACUUAGUGAAAGCCUAGGCUACAGUGUUAGGUGAGGACAUAUUAUAGUUUAGCUAUAACAAUAGCUAAUAUUUAUCACACACUUCUUAUGUGCAAAGUGUCAGCCUUUAAAUAUAUUAUUCCUAUAACUCCUACAACCGUAUAAUGAAGUAGGUACUAUUAUUUCUAUAUCACAAAUGAAGACAGAGAGAUGCCACUUGAGGUUGUGUAAUUAGGGUGAGGCCAUAUAUUCCAGUGGUUAAGAGUGUGGGUCCUGGAGCCAUAAGUUCAAAUCCUACCUCAGUCUUCUACUAAAGAGCUUAGCAAAUCUCCCAACCUCUCCAUGGCUUACUUUCUUCAUCUUUAAAAUCAGGUUGAAAGAUUAAUUUCCUCACAGGAGUGUAAUGGAUGUUAAAUGAGUUGAUCUAUGUAAGGCAAAUGCUAAGUGUGGUUAGUUUCAACAAUAUAAAAUUGCUGCUUUUGUAGGCCAAAUAUGGACAAUUUCAAAUGUCUCAGUCUGAUAGUUUAGCUGUUAUUUAGAAGAAAAUUGGAUGCUGUUGAGGGUUUUGCCCUCUUGAAUUGCAUCCUAUUCCUUUCCUUUCACAUGUAGAUAUCUCAAUAUAAUAAAUACAUCUGCCAUCUUUUCCACCUCAUCCACUGCCUUGCAAAUGGAUUUCUUCAGUUCUUGAAGCCAAGCUGAACAACCCUAAACAAAAUUCCAUAGUAACACUGCCUAACUGUAUAUUUCAUACUGCCAAGAGAUGAUAAAAUACACCACGAUAUUAGGGAAAACUAUAUAGAAAAGUUUCGAUAUGUUUUUA